AUGAUGAUCAGCAAGACGAUCUAUGCAUUGUGUGCGGCAGCUGUGACGUUCUCUGGUGGUACAGUGGAUGCGACGACGGAGGCGGCGGAGACCAUUUGGCUGGCUAUUACCGAAGAGCCACAACACUGGCUACGGAGGCUGGUGCUGGUGGCUACGGCGCUACGGGCGUGGGUCUCAACUCAAAUGCUGGUCUCGGUGCACUUGGUUACGCGAACGCCGGACUUCAACGCUGGUGCUGGACUUAAUGCUGGUGCCGGUCUCAAGGUUGGUGCUGGUCUCAAUGCUGGUGCCGGUCUCAAUGUUGGUGCUGGCCUCAACGCCGGUGCGGGUCUUAACGCCAAUGCAGGAUUGAAAGCGAACGCCGGACUCAGCGCUGGUGCCGGUCUCAACGUUGGGGCUGGGCUCAAUGCUGGUGCUGGUCUUAAGGCUGGUGCCGGCCUCAAUGCUGGAUUGAAAGCGAACGCCGGACUCAACGCUGGUGCCGGCCUCAAUGCUGGUGCCGGUCUCAAGGCUGGUGCUGGUCUCAAUGCUGGUGCCGGUCUCAAGGCUGGUGCUGGUCUCAAUGCUGGUGCCGGUCUCAACGUUGGUGCUGGCCUCAACGCCGGUGCGGGUCCUAACGCCAAUGCAGGAUUGAAAGCAAAUGCCGGACUCAACGCUGGUGCCGGUAUUAAGGUUGGUGCUGGUCUUAAUGCUGGUGCCGGACUCAACGCUGGUCCCAGCCUCAACGCUAAUGCCGGCCUCAGUGCUGGUGCCGGUCUCAACGCUGGUGCUAGUUUGAAUACUGGUGCCGGCACAAGUGUGAAGAAGGGCACCAACACGGACAGCUACUCGAAGGGAACGAGUGCCAUCGCUUCGUUAGCCCCAGAGAAGACAGCUAACCAAGCUUCUCAGAUGGCUACUCAGACGUCCACGAAGCCCAGCACUUACCGCCACCUGCGCGCUUAA